AUGAGUCACUUUCCGCUUUAUAGUCUUUUCCUCUUGUUUUGUUAUUUGAAUUCUUCUUCUUACGCUUCUACGGACUCAUUCAUUCCAUGCCUAACAACAAGAAAUGUCCCACAAUCCAUAAUUUACACAACACAUAGCAAAAACUACACCUCAGUUCUCCAAGAAUACAUCAGAAAUGACCGUUUCAAAACUUCCCAAACCCUAAAACCAACCCUAAUCUUAACCCCAACCGACGAAUCCCAAGUUGGAAAGGUCGUGAUAUGCGCGAAGGCGGCCACUCUGCAUCUUAGAAUCCGGAGCGGUGGCCACGACUAUGAAGGCCUCUCCUACACAUCCAAAUCCCCAUUCGCCAUCCUGGACAUGUUAAACCUGAGGUCUAUCCAGAUAGACCUGACAAACCAGACUGCACCCACACCCACUGCUUGGGUGCAGUCUGGCGCUACACUUGGUGAGCUAUACUACAAAAUCUGGGAAACAAGCGAAACCCUAGCUUUCCCGGCCGGUGUCUGCCCCACCUUAGGAAUCGGCGGCCACAUCAGCGGCGGCGGCUACGGCAAUCUCCUUCGAAAAUACGGCCUCUCCAUCGACAACGUGGUCGAUGCAAGAGUAGUCGAUGCUAGCGGGAGAAUCCUCGACCGGGAGGCGAUGGGCGAAGACCUUUUCUGGGCCAUCAGAGGCGGCGGCGCCGCCAGUUUCGCGGUGGUCCUGGCGUUCAAAGUCAAAUUAGUCACUAUACCUAAUCCAGUGACGGUUUUUGAGGUCACGAAAACCCAAGACGAAAACGCGACGGAAAUUCUCCACCGCUGGCAAUUUAUAGCCGACAAAUUCGACAACGAUUUAUUCGUUAGGGCUGAAAUCUUGCCAAGUGGGAACGCGGCAGCUACCGUUACUUUUGUAGCAAUGUACCUCGGAAAUUCAGAUGACUUCGUCCGAAUUUCCACGACGCAGUUUCCCGAGCUAGGGUUAGAGAAACAUCAUUGCAAGGAAAUGAGUUGGAUCAAAGCCGCCAUGCGAUGGGCAAAAUUCCCCGACGACGCCCCAGUAAUGGACUUGCUAGCCCAAAACCAGGGCGCGUCCACGUUCAAAGUCAAAUCGGACUAUGUGACAAGCCCAAUUUCAAUAACCGGACUCGAUGGAUUGCUCAGGCGGAUCGGAGAUGGUUUUACUUUGCAAUUCAAUCCGUACGGCGGCCGAAUGAAUGAGAUUCCGGCGACGGCGGCGGCAUUUCCUCAUAGGGAGGGGAACAUUUUCAAGAUUCAAUACUUCUAUAUGUGGAAUGAAGUAGGCCCGGGGGUGGUGGAUAAACAUUUAGAGAUAGUGAGGGAUUUGUAUGAUUACAUGGAGCCGUUUGUGUCCAAGAACCCGAGGAGGGCUUUUUUGAACUAUAGAGAUAUUGAGAUUGGUAGCAAAUCCGAGGGAGAUGGCGUGGAUGCUUAUAAUGAGGCUAAGAUUUAUGGGAAGAAAUAUUUUGGGGAUAAUUUUGAUAGAUUGGUGAGAAUUAAGAGUGUGGUUGAUCCCUCUAAUUUCUUUAGCCAUGAGCAGAGCAUUCCACCUCUGCCAAAUAAGAGAAUCCAAACAAGAAAGGAGUUUUAG